CGGCACUUCAUUUCCGAUGUUGAUGAGAUGUUUGUUUUAAGAAGGAUUAGUGAAUUUUCCAAAAAAUAUGUCCUGAACGCGCUAGGACCUCUUGAAGUUGUGGGACGAUCAUCUGAUAGUUUUCUUAGUAUGAGAACGUUUGCUAUAUUUCUACGGUUUAACUUUGGUACAUAUAUUUGUAAAUAUGCUUAAGUAGUUUUCUAGGCCUAUGCACUGUUCGUUUCGUAUACGUUCGUUAUCUUUAUUGUGUGAUUUACAAACUCUUGAAUCUUGUAUCUAAAUAUCAGCUCACUGUUAUAGCCAGACAAUUAUUUUGAGUAACUUUGUUGCAUUUUUUGGUUACCAAAGUUUAGUUACCUCUAGUAAACCUUACGUAAUGAAAGUGAUAUUUUUCUACUUUUGAAACAUCUGUUCUAUCUAAUAAUAGUGAGUUUGAAAUGUCUUUUUGUGAUUCCGACAAUAAUUGAAGAUCUUCAGUGGAGCUUACAUGAAAGAUUUGGACAUGGAAUUAAUUUGAUAGACGUGCAGCGUCGUCCUACAUUUAUUCGAAGCGGGCCAAGUUUGAUUGGUUCCCGUUAAGAUUGGUUCGUCGGCUAUGGACUGUGGCAGCAGAGGCAAUAUGUACAUAAAACGUGAAUCAAUUGCUCAAGAUGACCCCAGGAACCGUUGUGAUAACAUAUGCUUCGUGUGCGGCAGCACGGGCCACCCAGACCAGUAUCCCUUGCGCAUCAAAGCCAGCUCCUCGAAUCCAGCCGAGGCGUUCUUUCCGUUCCUCGAGACGCACGAACCUCCAGCCGGGUAUCGCCAGUCCAGACAGGAUCCGGUCGUCAGAGCCUGCUUCCUGUGUCACUCGCUACUCACACAACAGUGGGACCGAUAUCAGCGGGAUGGCACACCGCAUAGCAGGCGACUCUACUGGCUCAAACGCUGUGACAAUGGACCCUACACUGGCGCCGAAAUGGCUCUGCAAGGAGAGUAUGCAGCGCAGGUUCUUGGCCUCAAUACAGAGCCGCCUCCUUCAAGGGAUGAGCCGAUCCCGGCCCAACAUACACCUUCCCCGCGGCUCCCCAGCGUGCAUCAUGGUGUCCCGGAAUCACUUCCGCAAGAACAACAUGCAAAAGUUCAGAUGUCAUCUCUACAUACCUCGGAUGCGGCUCUAGAUUUGAGACAGUCUCUCGUCAUGACUGUACCUCAAAUGCCUCCAGAGCAACCUCGGCCCGUAUCGACUAGCAACCCAGUAGUCCCAGCCACAGACAUCCUGGAUCUCUCCAUGCCUGACAAGAACGCGAUGACGGAAGUAUGCUACCUGUGCGGCGACGAGCACAAGCGCGGAUCCCUGGUGCAUGUCGCCGCCAAGCCGAUAGGGGGCGCACACGCUGGCAACCAGGCAACCAAUCAGCUGCCGUUCUUUCCCAGCCUCAUGUUGCAAGUGUUUCCCAGACCCGCGCGGUCUCGGCCUAUGGAUAGUGCCGGACGGGUGCAGGCCUGCAAUGCUUGUCAUAACCAUCUCUUGAUGCAAUGGCAGAUGUACUGUACACAAGGAGUCCCGCACUCUGAUCGCAACUACACACUGCGCAAACGCAGCGGUGGAGCAAGCGGUGCAGCUGCGAACGUGGGGGCCAACGAGACGGCUACUUUUGUGUGCUACACUUGCUCUCUGGAGUACCCCUCCUCGUCUAUUCGUCUGCUGUACUGCUGCUCCAAUCCCGAGAAGGAAGCCUACUUUCCGUUCAUUAGAGCGCUGAAACCACCUCCAGGUGCCAGCCCCAUUUCGCCUCAAGGAAUGGUGCAGGUAUGUUCGAUAUGCUACAAAUCGAUUCCGCAGCGUCACCAGUACUUCGGAUCGGCAGCUACACCCACUCAUGGCCAGCAACCCCUCACCCAACAAAUCGAGAAUCACGUGGACAAUAUGACGGUCGACAACAGUCGGAUGCAGCAACCUUCACCUGCUACAACAUCGACCACUGCCAAAUCUCCGGACAUCCGGUUCCGGCCUUAUGAGUUGUCAAAGUCUUCUUCUCCUUUGGUGGGACCAGCCAGCUCCCCGUCCCCGGCGCCCAAGAGCGUUGCGCCCAGCUCCUCCCCCGUGGCGGGCGCGGCGGUCGCAGCGGGUGCGGCAGGAAUCAACGGCGUCCCGAACUACCGCUGCUACGCGUGCGGAUCGCAACAACCCCGCGCCCAGAUGGACUGGCUGUCGACGGGUGCGGAGGGCAUGAACUCUCACGCAAUGCACUUCCCGUUCCUGUGUAGUUUGGCGAACCGCGCAACGGGCAACGCGUGUGUUGACUCCACUGGACGUGUGCUAGUCUGCAGGACGUGUGCCGAUCAUCUGUCGCGCCAAUGGGAAGGCCAGGAGGUGGAACGUGUGCCGCUCGAACGCAGAAAAUAUGACUUGCCAAAUUGUGGACUGGUGAAUGGAGCUUUACCCCAUAUAUCUCCUUCGCCGUCACCUUCAGUCCAUGCUCUGCCCCCAUCCAUAUUUUGUUUCCUUUGUGGUCUUCAUUCGGAGAAGAGCAUAGCCAAACCAUUGUACAGUCGAUCUCAGGGGCGCGGAGCACCAUUCUUUCCAUGGUUAAGUAAGCACCAACCACACACCAAUGCUGAACAAUUGCGGGAGGAUGGGUCAGUGCUAGUGUGCACAUUUUGUUACCAUAGCGUCUUAGCACAGUGGCGCCGGGGAGAGACGCAUCACCAUCCUAACUUCCAUGACUACAUAUGCUAUGUGUGUGGCAUAACCACCUAUAGGAAACGUGUACGAGCUUUACCUGUCAAGGAAUUCCCAUUUCUCCGCUACCAUCGCCAACCGGAGCGAUCCCUCCUACUGGAGAACGGGGAGUUCGCAGUGGUCUGUCUGGACUGCUACGAGACCCUGAGGACGCAGAGCCUCGAGUACGAAAGAUGGGGUCUCCCACUUGAAAAAAGACAAUACAACUGGUUCACUCAGCCUCCACCUCCUGAGGACUCGUCUGAUGCCACUGUUGCUAGGUUACCGUCUGGCCAACGCUCUGAUAAACCGCAGGUUCCUCCCGGCCUUCCUGUGAGUCGGACGCCACGUAAAAAUUGUUCGAGCUCCUCUACGAAACACAUGAGUGACAAAUCUCGUCAACAGGGAGCAACUAAGAAUGAACAAGCUAUACCAAAGUCGUCGUCGCAACCGGGCGUAGGUCACCACACACCCAAGCCAUCAUCCCACCGUGGAGUGAGCUCAUCCUCCCAUCAGAUGUCUGGGGGACACACUGUCCCCGGCCCGGGGCCUGGUCCCGCAGGUGUCGUUGUUCCGCCUCCGAUACAGGUAGCAGUGCCUGUUAGUACGCCGAGCGGCGGACAACCGUCAGGUGGCCAAGGGGGGUCGGGGGGGCGCUCGUUCGCGGCCGCCCUUCGCAACCUGGCCAAGCAGGCUGGCCCCACAGGGGGAAGUCAAGACGAGGCAGCAGCCGCCUCUCCCAAGCAACGGCAUAGCGCACACGGAAAACGUGAAGCAGAUAAGCAGGAAAAGGAGAGUCGAUCAUCAUCGUCGAACCCCCCUGCACAUCCCAGCGCCGGGGGGGCUGCUGAGCCGCGCAGUGGAUUCCAGCCGUACCGCCCUGAGGAACCGCGUCCCCCCGCUCCCCCGCCACCUACGUUUCCAUCACCCCUCGAUUACCCGUCGCCGUAUCAUCAUCCACAUCAUCCGUCGCUGUAUCCGCCGCACUUGCAGCAUGCUUACCGGGUUGAAGAACAGCUUUACUUGGAACGGUGCGGAGCGUUAUCUCUUUUUCCGUUGACCUAUCCUCCUGCUCUGUAUGGUUUGAUGCCUUCACUGCCGCUUAUGUCUCCUUCAAUGCAUGACAGGUUGAAGAUAGAAGAUGAGCACAGAGCAAGAGAGCGUGCUCAAGAAGAGAGAGAGCGUGAAAGAGACAAGGAGAGACGAGAGAAGAACAAACGGAGUCCGAGGGCCUCUCCUUCCCACCAUUCUACCCAUUCCUCUUCAGAACACGGUAAAGGUCGCAAAUCGUCUUCUUCAGCGAAUUCUUCGUCGCACUCAACAGGACCUGGGCUAAGGGACCGAGACGGGACCGGGACGGGACCCCCGCCGCCACCAGCCCCCCCUCAAGCUGCUGCCCCUUCGGCCCUCCCAGCACCCCAUUUUGUGCGCCCAUUCGAGGACUCUUUCUCUAACAAACAGGCUCCCCAACAGAUGCCGCGUCAUGGAGCCGUUCGAACCCCGCCGACGACAUCAAACCCGGCAGUAUCUCCGUCAGUAUCUGCGGGACGCAGCUCGCCGUACGGCCACUACACGACACGCCACACGACAACGCAGUCGAUGGCACCUGCUGCCCCGCCAGUCAUCACUACGGCUCCCAUGGUCCUCCCCUACCACCCACCACAUCUAGUCAACACUGCUGUGUCCGAGCUAAGUCCUCUCUAUCCGCCCAAGCCUGAGACUGUCAUGACAACAAGGACUUCGCCUCUGCCUUCAGGCCUGCGACACACUCCGCCCAUGCAUCUCUACGCUCCCAAUCACAUGGAACACCAUCUAAGUCACCUCACCCCUCCCUCCGUCUACCCACUCCCUCCCCCGCCGCCUCUUCUCAACCAUUUCCCCCCUGCAGCCACUUUGGGGAUGGAUAUUGGAGCUCCUACCUACGUUCCUCUCGUGUCAGUUACAGCGGGCCAGAUGAUCACACCUGUGUCAUCUUCUCUUCCCCACCAGAAGGUCUCCACAACUCCGUUACCUAUUACCACCACCACCACCAAACAUACCACUCCCAAACCAUCACACAACAACAACAAUAACGUUGUGAUACAGGAGCCUCCAUCUGCAGCUACUUCCGUUGGUCCUGAACCAACUAAUAUUCCGCCAAAUAUUCCAGUGUCAACUCCACUCGUAGUCACUCCACCCAAAAAGUCUGUCAUCAGCUCUGCUCCUCCACAACCGAAGCCACAACCGUAUCCGACUUCCACACACGUUACCACUGCCUCGGUGACCGUCACCACGACCACCAUUUCGACAACAGUCACCAUGAACAACUGUCGUCCCUUGGAUGUGGCGAAUUUGGUGGUGCAGCCGUUGUGUGCCACCAUGCCGGCUCCCCCGAUUUCUUCAUCGGUGAUCACACCGACUUCUGUGUUCAGUACCUCUAUAAUCCCGCCUUUGAACGCCGAACCUUGCAAGGCUGAACCGGAACCUGUCGUUGUUCCUACUGCGCCCGUCAUAACGGAAGUCAAACCAGAACCCAUGGAGGUAUGCUAUCCGCUUCCUAAGUCGGCUCCUGCUCCUCCUCAAGGAGCACCCUCCUCGCCUCCUCCCGUGUUCCAGAUGGAGCCGAGUGUGAAGCUUGAGGACACUUUGGGCAUCAGUGUCAAUGGAUCCGAGUAUCCGACCAGGAGGCAUCCGUUUCCCUUGUGGGAUUGCAGAAGUGCAUCUCAGCAAAAAUCACUGAGCAAACUGGACAUGAUAGCUGAGCGCCGAAGAUUCCUAUCUUCCAGCAACGGAGAGCAAGAAGCCUUUGAUUUCGACUGGGAGAAUGAAACUGAUUGCUACGGCGGCGCUCAUCAACUGACGAAGGGACCACCUGAUAAACUCGAUGCGCCACCAAAAAAAGUACAUUUCCUUGCUAUGUUUGGACUCACCACAUUGGCCAAACGAAACGAGCUUGAACUGCGGAAGUUGGCCCGACGUGGGGCCGUUCCCUCUGUAGAACUUGCCGAGGAUGUGGAUAUGGGCGACCAACCUCCGCUCUCACUGCCUAAGCCUAACCUGGGAUCUCCCACAGCGCUCAUGCAUUCUCCUGAAAAAGUAUCUUUCCUAAAAUCGUUAGGUUUAACUCCGUUGAGCAGUAAGGAAAGGCAGGAGAAAGAACAGAUUUGGCAGGAGAUUCUGGCGGAAAGGAGGCGAAGGCAAUCCGUAACUCCGCUGACACUCUACUGCCAAGACGCUCGAGCCGAUCCGCAACAAACGGAAGCUCAGCCUCCAAAAUGGCCUGGGGUUGAAGGAGCUAUGACAUCUUACCUUACCUACCUUAAAGAGUCAUCGCUCGAACUGCAGUCUCUGCGGCAGAAUAACGACCGCCUCGCCAAGGCGUCUUUUGAAGCACGAGAGGAAAUAGCCAGCCUGGAACAGGAUUUGGACCACAUGCACACGCUGAAAGACACUCUGCAACGGCAACAAGAGUCCCUGCAGAGCAGUAUCAACCUGCUUACCGGCGUCAUUAAGGACAUCGCCGCUCUUACAGACCGGUAAAUCAUCACUAUUAUCUGUUUCCUGCUCUCUGUUCAAUUUAUUUCAGAAAAUAGUACCUGCCAUAAGAAUCAAAAAUUGACGAUCAUACUUUACAAUAUUACACUUAUUAUAUUUACAAACUACCCUUCUAGUGCCUACUUAUAAAUAUAUAUCAUCAUAAUAGACCAAAUAUAUGGAUUGUGUCUUUAUUUUAUAUUUAUUAUUUGCAUGUUUGGUUGCCAAGGUUGAUUAAUGCUGAAGUAAGGUAAUGUUUUAUUGGUUGGUUGUGCUUAAAAACAACGGUUGAGAACAAGAGAUAAUCAUUAUUAAUUGAUGUUUUUUGUUGAAAAGGUUUCAAAAUUGAAAAAAAUGAAAAUUUUAGAUUGAAUGAACGAGAGAGAUAUCAUAGUCAUAUAGAAUGAAUGAACGAGAGAGAUAUCGUAGUCACAUAGAAGAAUUAUCUUAUCAAGAAAUGGAAAAUGAAAAUUCUAAGUACCCAGGGUACUUUGAUUUUUAAUUUAUUGAUAAUUGAGAGUGGCAAAAACUACAAGAAUUAUCUUCUAUUGAACUGCAGAAUUUGUUUCUUUCAAUCAGGGAGACAUCAUUUAAUAUACUACUGAUGCAGUUUCUAUGUUACUCUACUGCUGUAUUCAAGCCUCAAAUUUGGCUAUUAUUAAUAUUUAUUAUUCUACGGUUCCAUGAUUCUUUCAUGUUUAAUUUUUUAUAGUAAUCACUUAGGUCUAAAUAAUCGAUUAUCAUUAUCAUUUCUUACAUUCUUGGUAAUUUCAUUUUAAAUAAAAUCUUAGAUUGUUCCUAGUUACGGAGUUGAAAGUUGCUCGAAACCAUUUCUGCUGAAGUGAAAAACAAUGUGGAAAAGAAUUAGCGGUUAUUUACUUUACUUUAUUCAUACUCAUAUAUAUCAAUUACUACUAUAUUUAAGUGAAAAAUCCACUUUAUUCAUACUCUUAUUUUAUUUCAAUUACUCCAUUUCAAGUGAAAAAUCUCCUUGGACUACAUAUUACGCAAAAAAGAGUAAAAAAAUUUGUCCCAUGAGUUUCAAGUUUUUCAUAUGUCAAUUUGAUUUUUUUUAUUCUCGAUAAUUCUCUUAUGCUCUCCCUGGGGAACUGAUUUAUAUAUGUAUUAUUUUUGUGUGUAUUUAGUAUUAAGUUAAGCCUUUGGUUGCAUAACGAGGUGAAUUCAGUCACAUGAUUUAUUCAUUUGUUUAUUGACCCAAUUACUUUAUUACGGUUGCAUAGUUCGUUAUUUUUUUCUUUGUUAUAUCUGUGCCUUUGUUUCCCAGUUUCUAGUUUAUUCAAAUAAAGGGAUAUAUAGAGGAGUUUGUGUAGAGGUAUAUGAUACAGCUGCAUCAUCCAACUUACCAACUGAAGAUUUCGUAUUAAUCAUUACAUACUCAUAAGAAUAAUAUAUUUUAUAAUAUAAUAGAAUUAUAUAUAAAUUCUAUAGAAUAAUUUUUUUUAAUGUUAUAUUUUAAUAUUCUACAAUCUAUUAUAGCAAUAGUCUCUAUUUUCACUUUUUCUACAUUGUUAAAUAAAAUAUGUUGUACCAUUCAUUAAAAUAAUAUUUAUCUUGGACUGCAUAAUAGAAAAGUAGCAAAAUGAUCAGAAGUUGUUGAUUUUAAUUGUUUGAUCUCUAUCAUAAGUGUCAUUCUGUUGCUGACAUGUUGAGAUGUCUUACUUUGUGGUUGAGAUGUUUAUCAUAAGUUUAUAUAUAUAUAUAAAUUAGUAUUAAUUCUAUAAACUCUACCCCUAUCCAUCUCUCUCUUUUGUGAAUAUAUCUUUCUUCAACUCAUGAAUUUGAGACUCAAGCCCGGUUGCAAAAAAGCUGGUUAAAUUUUUAUCGUGAUUGAUUACACGAGAACCAAUCUGAGAAGUCUUCGUCUCUGGAAGCCUGGUUCUCGUGGAAUUAAUCACGAUUAAGAUCAAACCGGCUUUUGUGCAACCAUCACGAAGCGGGAUUGCCAAUGCUGACAGAUAUUAUGUGAAUAAAAAUUAGUUUUGGUUAAGUUUUGGAUUAUUGGUUUGCAAUUAGUUUUAUUUAGGUUGGCCUAUUCAAAAUAGGCCUACUAUUUUUCUAUCUUCUUUUUGUGCUUAUUUUCUUGACACUGCUACAUUUUUUCCGAAACUGCAUCAUUUUAACUUGGCUUUGGCUUCAUAAUAGGCUUUCACAAGUGAAAAGUUAUCACAGUAAAUAUCUAACCACAGGUGAACAAAUACCAUAGAAAUAAUAUUGUCAAACUAAAAAAAAUCAAUCUCUUAUGUCUUACAGGAAUUUCUCAUAUUUAAAUUCAAUCUUCAUCCAUGGACUAGAUAAUUAUAGAUUUUUCUAUCCAAAUUCAAUGUUGUGUUCAUGUACUGGUAGUUUUCCCUGAUUUUCUUUC